CCAGUAAUGAAAUAACCCACAUCGCGCUAUUUCUCUCCACUGAGAAUUACUCUCUUGAAACUGCCUUAUUCAUCAACCGGAAAUUAGCGCUGAAAACUUCUCGCAGUCGUCGCUGCACGCCGGUGUAAGCGAGGUUCCGCCUUUCUGUGCCUUAGAGGGCAACUAGAAAGUUAUAAGAAAACGGAAUUAUUCUUGAUACAGGCAACAACAAUAUUUCACUGCAUAGUAGAAGGAUUUAUUGUGGAAAACCGAUUUUCUUUGUGUUAACAUGGAUGUUGUGAGUUCAGUAGUUGAGAAAGUAAAGGGGUUUUCAAUAUCAAGCCAAAAUUUUGUAAACAGCCUUGUACAGCGCCACCAAACUUCGAACAGCUGCAAUCCGAUUGAAAUCUUGAAGCGGUUGCAGAGAGAAGCAUUCUCAGAUUUGAUGAAACUAAGAGACAGACAGGACAAAGUUGAGCGAGUGCUUUCCUUCUAUAAAACAGCCAAGGGAAGUCCAUUCCAAGAAGCUAGCACUCAUGUAAGGGGAGAAGUUGAUUUCCUGGGAGGUAUUUUGAUGAUGAGAGGUAUUGAUUCGCAGCAUAUGGAUGCACUUGAUAGAGCAGGAAUUAGGACAGGGAUAACUUCCAGGUUUAUUUUUGAAACAAGUUUUGGGCAGAAUGAUAGUCUUGUAGCAGAGUUGAUAGCCAGCGAAACAGGCAAUGGAAGCCUCCUUAGUGAUGUUUCUGGAAUCCCGCUUUCUCUCUCAAAACUAUCUUAUGCAGCAAAUGUUAGUGAUUGGUGUUCGGCAACAGCAAUCCCAGUGGGAGCUCAAUGCAGAGAUUUUGAUACCACUAAGAAUUCUUCUCAUCAGAAAAAGGGCCUCACUUAUAUUUCAUCUUUUGAGCCACCCCUUUUGACUCAGCAUAAUGGUAGUGCUAUCGGUGUAACAGUGAGAAAAUCAAAUGUUGUUGCAUCAUUGGCUCAAUCUGUUUCUGGACGGGGAAUGCCGUUGGGUUCUGUUGGAUUUGGAUAUUACUUAAACACUUUUGGGCAAGUUGUAUGUCAGCUUCCAAGAGGAAUCAAACUCUCUCUUAUGGGUCUUCACCAAGUGCCUAAAGUACUGGAUCACUGUCUCAGUGCAGCCCUUGCAGUUCCAGUAGGCUUUCUAGAACAUCACAAUUCUCCUGAGAGAACAGUUGAAGCAGCAGGUCCUGCUUCAUCUUUGAGAAUACACACCCCAAUAAUGCCUAGAACUGGAUCGAUUGCUCUGAAGCUGGAAUCGGAACUUGAUGCCAGUACAAAAGUAGGAGGUUGGAUUGAGAUGCUAAAUUCAAACUACAAGCAUCUUCGUUGGGCUAUCACCAUCUCAGAUACUUCCGAAGAUGACAUGGGAUGGGGCGUGAAUCUCAGUGGGAUUGAAGGUCCUACAGGGUGGAAGCAAUACCAGUUUGAAUCUUUUGCAGAUCUUAGCUUAGGGAAGAGAUUCAACUUGAAACCAGGUGUAGCAUACGUGGUGGAUGGAGAUGCCAAAAUACUUGCCCUCAUGCUUCGAUGCAACUGGUCUCUGUAAUUACUGCCUUCACUAAAUUCGGGUACCGGAUAUACUUUUUCCUAUCUUCUUUAGGUUUUGCACCUUAUUUUGAGUAGAUUUUGGAGCUAGAAGACAGUGAGAAAUGUUAAUAACAACACAUUUAGCUCAUCAGGUGGGAUCGGCACCUCACUCUAAAACCAAAACCUUUGUGAUUUGUUUGUGAACUUUUCACUACAAACUUUCUAUUGAAGCAAUUUUCCCUGUUCUAAUUUUACCUGAAAUUACCUGGUAGCAAGGGGAUGCAGUUGAUAUUUUGAUAAAUGUAUGGAGAGGUUGACAGUACUAAUAAUUAACAGUAAUACGAACUUGAAGCCAAAAUUUUAUUUA